AUGGCAGCAAGACGCAGAGUGAAGGGAGAAGCUGCGGGAAAGGCAGAACCCCCUGGCCAUGCCCCUAGUGACCCAGCUCUUCCAACCAGUGCCCCCUCUGACAACACAUCCAGCCAUAAACUCCUGGUGGGGAAGUGGAAGGUGGUAGGUAACGUGGGGGAGGAGGACCUGACCCAAGGUUCUUCCUAUCCUGGCAGGAUCCGGCCCCAGCUGUCGAAGGAGAAGAUUGAGGGCUGUCACAUCUGUACCUCUGUCACCCCAGGGGAGCCCCAAGUCCUGCUGGGGAAGGAUAAGGCCUUCACCUAUGACUUUGUUUUCGACUUGGACACAUGGCAGGAACAGAUCUAUACAACCUGCGUGAGCAAGCUCAUUGAGGGCUGCUUCGAGGGCUACAAUGCCACAGUGCUGGCCUACGGGCAGACGGGGGCUGGGAAGACGUACACUAUGGGCACUGGCUUUGACAUGGCGACCUCGGAGGAGGAGCAAGGCAUCAUUCCGAGAGCCAUUGCACAUCUCUUCAGGGGCAUCGCUGAGCGCAAGCAGCGGGCACAGGAGCAGGGUGUAGCUGGGCCAGAGUUCAAAGUCAGCGCUCAGUUCUUGGAGCUCUACAACGAGGAGAUCCUUGACCUGUUCGAUAGCACGCGUGACACUGACACCCGCCACCGCAGGUCCAACAUCAAGAUCCACGAGGACGCCAACGGUGGCAUCUGCACCACAGGCGUCACUGCUCGUCUCAUCCACUCGCAGGAGGAGCUGAUCCAGUGCCUGAAGCAGGGCGCCCUGUCGCGCACCACGGCCAGCACCCAAAUGAACGUGCAGAGCUCCCGCUCCCACGCCAUCUUCACCAUCCACCUGUGCCAGAUGCGCCUGUGUGCCCAGCCCAACCUGGUGAAUGAGGCGGUGACCGGCCUUCCAGAGGGUGCAGCUCCUCCAAGCGAGUAUGAGACUCUCACAGCCAAGUUUCACUUUGUGGACCUGGCUGGCUCAGAACGCUUGAAGCGGACAGGGGCCACUGGCGAGCGGGCCAAGGAGGGCAUCUCCAUCAACUGUGGCCUGCUGGCCUUGGGCAAUGUCAUCAGCGCCCUGGGGGACCAGAGCAAGAAGGUGGUGCACGUGCCCUACAGGGACUCCAAGCUCACUAGGCUCCUCCAGGACUCUCUGGGGGGCAACAGCCAGACCAUCAUGAUCGCCUGUGUGAGCCCCUCGGAUCGGGACUUCAUGGAGACGCUCAAUACACUCAAAUAUGCCAAUCGGACUCGCAACAUCAAGAACAAGGUAGUGGUGAACCAGGACAAGACCAGCCAGCAGAUCAGCGCGCUGAGGGCCGAGAUUGCGCGCCUGCAGAUGGAGCUGAUGGAGUACAAGGCGGGCAAGCGGGUGAUCGGGGAGGACGGAGCCGAGGGCUACAGCGACCUGUACCGGGAGAACGCCAUGCUGCAGAAGGAGAACGGGGCGCUGCGGCUGCGGGUGAAGGCCAUGCAGGAGGCCAUCGACGCCAUCAACAGCCGCGUCACCCAUCUCAUGAGCCAGGAGGCCAACCUGCUUCUGGCCAAGGCUGGUGAUGGCAAUGAGGCCAUCGGGGCUCUGAUCCAGAACUACAUCCGGGAGAUCGAGGAGCUGCGGACAAAGCUCCUGGAGAGCGAAGCCAUGAAUGAGUCCCUCCGGCGCAGCCUGUCCCGGGCCUCCGCUCGGAGCCCCUACUCCCUGGGAACCUCUCCGGCUGGCCCAGCCUUUGGGGGCAGCCCGGUCAGUUCCAUGGAGGAUGCUUCUGAGGUGAUCCGCAGGGCCAGGCAGGACCUGGAGCGGCUAAAGAAGAAGGAGGUCAGGCAGCGCAGGAAGAGCCCAGAGAAGGAAGCCUUCAAAAAGAGAGCCAAACUCCAACAGGAAAACAGCGAGGAGACUGACGAGAACGAGGCUGAGGAGGAGGAGGAGGAGCGAGAUGAGAGUGGCUGCGAGGAGGAGGAAGGACGUGAGGAUGAAGACGAGGACUCGGGCAGUGAGGAGAGCCUGGUAGACUCGGACUCCGACCCGGAGGAGAAGGAGGUGAACUUCCAGGCGGACCUGGCCGACCUGACCUGUGAGAUUGAGAUCAAGCAAAAGCUGAUCGACGAGCUAGAGAACAGCCAGCGGCGGCUGCAGACCCUCAAGCACCAGUACGAGGAGAAGCUGAUCCUGCUGCAGAACAAGAUCCGCGACACGCAGCUGGAGCGCGACCGUGUGCUGCACAACCUCAGCACCAUGGAAUGCUACACGGAGGAGAAGGCCAACAAGAUCAAGGCAGAUUAUGAGAAGAGGCUGCGGGAGAUGAACCGGGACCUGCAGAAGCUACAGGCCGCGCAGAAGGAACACGCCCGGCUGCUCAAGAACCAGUCACGUUAUGAGAGGGAGCUGAAGAAGCUGCAGGCUGAGGUGGCUGAGAUGAAGAAGGCCAAGGUGGCCCUGAUGAAGCAGAUGCGGGAGGAACAGCAGCGGCGGCGGCUGGUGGAGACCAAGAGGAACCGAGAGAUCGCUCAGCUCAAGAAGGAGCAGCGGCGACAGGAGUUUCAGAUCCGGGCCCUGGAGUCCCAGAAACGGCAGCAGGAGAUUGUCCUGAGGAGGAAAACCCAGGAGGUGUCUGCACUGCGGCGCCUGGCCAAGCCCAUGUCUGAGCGGGUGGCAGGGCGUGCAGGACUGAAGCCACCUAUGCUGGAUUCGGGGGCUGAGGUAUCGGCCAGCACCACUUCAUCUGAGGCUGAGUCGGGGUCCCGCUCCGUCUCCAGCAUCGUGCGCCAAUGGAACCGCAAAGUCAACCACUUCCUGGGGGACCACCCAACCAACACUGUCAAUGGCACCCGCCCGGCCAGAAGGAAGUUCCAGAAGAAAGGGGCCAGCCAGAGCUUCAGCAAGGCAGCAAGGCUCAAGUGGCAGUCCCUGGAGAGGAGGAUCAUCGACAUUGUCAUGCAGAGGAUGACCAUUGUCAACCUGGAGGCCGACAUGGAGCGGCUCAUCAAGAAAAGGGAGGAGCUGUUCCUCCUGCAGGAGGCGCUGCGGAGGAAGCGUGAGCGGCUGCAGGCUGAGAGCCCAGAGGAGGAGAAGGGGCUGCAGGAGCUGGCCGAGGAGAUGGAGGUGCUGGCGGCCAACAUCGACUACAUCAAUGAUAGCAUCACGGACUGCCAGGCCACCAUCGUGCAGCUGGAGGAGACCAAGGAAGAGCUGGACUCCACAGACACCUCGGUGGUCAUCAGCUCCUGUUCUCUGGCCGAAGCCCGCCUCCUGCUGGACAACUUCCUCAAGGCGUCCAUCGACAAGGGGCUGCAGGUAGCCCAGAAGGAGGCCCAGAUCCGGCUCCUGGAGGGACGACUGAGGCAGACAGACAUGGUGGGAUCCUCCCAGAACCAUCUGCUCCUGGAUGCUCUGCGGGAGAAGGCAGAGACGCACCCCGAGCUGCAGGCCCUCAUCUACAAUGUACAGCAGGAGAAUGGCUACGCCAGCACCGACGAGGAGGUUUCCGAGUUCUCUGAGGGCAGCUUCUCCCAGUCUUUCACCAUGAAAGGCUCCACCAGCCACGAUGACUUCAAGUUCAAGGGGGAGCCCAAGCUGUCUGCUCAGAUGAAGGCUGUGUCGGCCGAGUGCCUGGGACCCCCACUGGACAUCUCCACCAAGAACAUCACCAAGUCCCUGGCCUCCCUUGUCGAGAUCAAAGAAGAUGGGGUGGGCUUUUCCAUCCGUGACCCCUACUACCGGGACAAGGUGUCACGCACUGUCAGCCUGCCCACCCGGGGCAGCACUUUCCCUCGGCAGUCUCGAGGCUCGGAGACUUCCCCUUUGACCCGGAGGAAGUCAUAUGACCGAGGGCAGCCUAUCAGGUCCGCAGACGUGGGAUUCACGCCUCCCUCAUCCCCUCCCACCCGGCCUCGCAACGACCGCAAUGUCUUCUCUCGCCUUACCAGUAAUCAGAGCCAGGGCUCGGCGCUGGACAAGUCUGAUGACAGCGACUCCUCUUUGUCGGAGGUCCUGAGGGGCAUCAUCACCCCGGUUGGCGGAGCGAAGGGUGCGCGGACAGCCCCACUGCAAUGCGUCUCUGUGGCCGAGGGCCACACCAAGCCCAUCCUCUGCCUGGAUGCCACGGACGAGUUGCUUUUCACAGGGUCCAAAGACCGCAGCUGUAAGAUGUGGAACUUGGUCACUGGCCAGGAGAUCGCAGCCCUCAAGGGCCACCCCAACAAUGUGGUCUCCAUCAAGUACUGCAGCCACUCAGGGCUUGUUUUCUCCGUGUCCACCUCCUACAUCAAGGUGUGGGACAUCCGGGACUCGGCCAAGUGCAUUCGGACCCUCACGUCCUCAGGCCAGGUGAUCUCAGGCGACGCCUGUGCUGCCACGUCCACACGUGCCAUCACCAGUGCCCAGGGGGAGCACCAGAUCAACCAGAUGGCCCUCAGCCCUUCGGGCACCAUGCUUUAUGUUGCCGCAGGCAAUGCUGUCCGCAUCUGGGAGCUCAGCAGGUUCCAGCCCAUCGGCAAGCUGACUGGCCACAUUGGCCCUGUGAUGUGCCUGACGGUCACCCAGACUGCCAACCAGCAGGACCUCGUGGUGACCGGCUCUAAGGACCACUACGUUAAGAUGUUCCAGCUGGGGGAUUGUGUGACGGGCACCAUCGGCCCCACCCACAACUUUGAGCCCCCACACUACGAUGGCAUCGAGUGCCUGGCCAUCCAGGGAGACAUCCUGUUCAGUGGCUCCCGGGACAACGGCAUCAAAAAGUGGGACCUGGAGCAGCAGGAGCUCGUCCAGCAAAUCCCCAAUGCACACAAGGACUGGGUGUGUGCCCUGGCCUUUGUCCCGGGCCGCCCCAUGCUGCUGAGCGCCUGCCGCGCGGGCGUCAUCAAGGUCUGGAACGUAGACAACUUCACACCCAUCGGGGAGAUCAAGGGCCACGACAGCCCUAUCAACGCCAUCUGCACCAACUCCAAGCACAUCUUCACAGCCUCCAGUGACUGCCGUGUAAAGUUGUGGAGUUACGUCCCGGGACUCACCCCCUGCCUUCCUCGCCGAGUCCUGGCCAUAAAGGGCCGCGCCACCACCUGCCCUGACCCUCCCCACUGUCCCCCACCUCCUCUCUCGCUCUUCCCCUCUUUCCUCUUCCCUGUCUUUCCCCUCUUCGAUCUGAGCUGCUUCUUGACGUGACCUGACGGUGAAGUUCUGGGGCAUACGGCGGUUACCGGAGACCCACCCUCGGCGUUAGGUCAGAGGGACCCCGGACCCUCCACCCCAGCAGCCUGCGUGACAUGCAACGGAACCUGUGGCCAACCGGAUGGGCAGCUGCACGGGGACAGAGGGUGUGGCCCCUCUCCUCCGCUUCCUCUCCCUGGACUUCCUACGGUACCCUGCUCCCUCUAUCCCUCCCCUGCCUCUUGGGAGCCUCCUGGUGAGAGAGAGGUUGGGGAGGAGUUAAGCUGUGAAGCCAAAGGCAUUAUCCCCUCCUCUCUCUCCCCAGCCACUGCCUGGCCUCCCCCCAGCCGGCCAGUGUUUCCUGCUCAGCCGGCUGCCCUGUCCUCCUCACUGUUGUCCCAGGCUGGGACCCUAUAGGAAGGCAAAGUAGCCCUAGCUCCAUGGUGCCCCUCUGAUGACCCAGCCUCCCCCAUGUCCCCGGCCCAACUUCUGGAGCCACUGCAUCUGCCUCUGACCCUACAAGGUAGUCCUCAGGUAACCAUGGAGAUCAGGUGUAGGCAGCUGACCCCGAACCCUGUGUCCACCAACGGCUAAUUCCAGUGGGUCCCAGCCAUUGAUGGGUGGCCCUUUCUGACAGGGCCAUGGAGGAGCUAUUAGAAAGACCCCCCCUUGGCGAGAUGGUCAGGAAUUCUUCAGUUAUUUAUUAUUAUCACUUUUUCCUGUUGCCUCCUGGAAAGUGACUUGAAGUUUCUUCCCACAGACUCUGUCCCUCAGCUGUUAGGGGUCUGCCCCCAUGGCGCUCAGGGCCACCUCCUCUGUUUGCUUUGCCCUGCAGAGGAGGGAAAUACCUGCUUCCACACUUUGCAGCUCCAGCCUAGCCCUGACUCUGCCCCUGGGGAUCCUGCUCAUGCACCCCAGCCAACUCGGCCACUAAUGCUUCAGUGCCUUCCUCAGCCCAGGCCUGGCCCCCUGCUGGGCAGCCUUACACCAGCCAUGCCCGCAGUGCCACUUGUGUCUUCUCCCGGGAUCUCAUGCCCUCUGCCCCUGGAAGAUGGGGGAGCUCCCCCACAGCCCGGGGCCAGGGAGCCCCAUCCCCCAGAGUCUAGUGGUCACUUAGAAAGCAGCUUAGUGGACUGUCUGCUAGGCGUCUUGGGUCAACCAUGUUUUCAUCCUCAAGUGGGAUAGGGAGUCUCGUCAGCUUUUUUCUCAUGGUUAUUUGAGAGACACAUUUUCAAGCCUUAAACCCAGCAUAGUACAAAAUCCUUUUAGAUUAGCGGUGAGGAAACGUGUCUGUUAGUGGAGCCUCCUUUCCCCUGGGGCUAUGGCCUCAGAGCUCCAAGCAUGGGCUAAAUCUGUGUUUAGGCGCCCCCUGUUGGAACAACUCUGGAUUUACAGGCAUUGGUCUCGGGAGGGGCCCCUCCCUCCCUCACCCAAGGCUUCCCCCCAAGCCUGUCCGCAAUCUUUUUCCACACUGGUCUUGUGCUUCUCAGCCUCAGUCUGGAAGCCAGGAAUCCCCACUGUGCUGAGAGGACAUAGUGACUCUCAGACUUUCCAGCAGUGGCAUUGUCUCUGUCCUCGGCUCCUGUAUAUGUAGCCCUCGGAGCCUCCCCAGCGUGGGAAGGUCAGGCCCCAGUGAAGGCUGUGUGGAGCCUGUUCCCUCCUUGGAGCUGCCUCGGAGGCUGAAGAGGACCUCCUGCCUGUGUGUGGCCCCUGCUGGUCGUGACGUGAGGUCUGGUGAGCCAAUGUUGGGACAACCCUCCUCGAGUACUGGUCUUCUGGAACACUCCGGAAUGGUCUCUCUGCACUGACUAUAAACCCUUCUUCCUCUGGCCACCUGAGAGUUGUUAGGCAACUCCCUCAGAGCACGGAAGUGACCAUCAGGCUCCUUUCCUGACUCAUCCAGCCCUUCUCACCUGAACAGAAGGCUUUUUCCUUGCAUCCUGUAAGAAUGACCCAUCUGCAUGACUGUUUACAAACUACAGAAAUACCUGAGACUUGCGUCCCCCCACCCCACCCCAUGGGCUGGGUCACUGUACUGUAGCUUCAAGGUCUGUUCUUGCACAAGGUGUGGUCCUACGGCCUCGAGAGGUGCUCACCAUCCUUGCCCACUGUCUGCUGUCUCAUGGGUCACUACCUCACAGCAGGGCUGGCUUCCCUGUCCCAGCAAGUGUCACUGACUCAAAACUUGAAGUCCUUUGGGACCCCUGAGCCUGUCAUCCCGAGCUGCUCUAAGCUGUGCUGUAGGAGCACUGGGGUCUCCGCCCACCCUGCAUCCUGCACAAGCAUCUUGCAUGUCAGAAGCACAAGCAAACCAGUUGCCAUCUGAGCACAGUGGCGGGGCUCUCAGCAGGCAGUGAGGACAGACUGGGACCCAGGAGCCUCCUCAAAGGUUGGCCAGGUCCCAAGUUAGACAGGGCUGCCAUUCUCAGGGUAGGAAACCACCCUUGCUCAGAGCAGGGCUCUCCGAAUCCUGGGGCUCUUCAUGUUACCAGAGCCCCACCCUGAGGCUCGAGGCCCAGGUCACAUCUGUAUGCCGUGGGCCCUGGGAGCAGAGCACACCGAGACCACACUCGCAUCCCCCAGUGCCUGAACACAGGCUGACUGAUACGACCCCCGGAGCCCGUGUGGACUCACUGUCUCCUGAGCCAGGCCCUGUCCCUGCUUUUGGAGCCGACUGGCUUCCACUGCCCUCUGGCCUCUCAACGUGGUCCUAUAACAGGGCUUCCUUCUCAGUAUUAGCCAGCUCAGUGUUUGCUUUCAGUCCAGUGACUGCUCCCUGAGGCUGCACUGGGAGCCACCUCUGCAGACUGCUGGGGAGGAGAGGGGUGAAGGCUGCAGGGCCAGGCCUUGAGGUGGUCAGGUCGCCACCACUAGGCAGAGAGAGAGCUGUGGAGAUGAGAGCGGCCUCCCACCCACCCUCGGCCCACCUGACGCCUUGGAAACGCUCCUUGCCCUCCCUUGUCCAGCCCUGCUGCCCGCCUGGGGCUAUGUGCCCUUGGCCACAGGGCAGCUUAAAGCACAAAACCACUGCAGUGAAGCUACUAAGUCGCUUGGACUUUCGAGUGCCACCUACAAGGGGGAGACAGUGGGCAGCUGCUGUGAAGUCGGGGGACACAGUGUCCCUUUGUCCUGCCUUCUCUUAACUCUCAGAAGCCACCCCACUGGGGGCUGGGCUGGGCACAGGUACACCCCCUGGCUGUUCAGACCCUGCCCCGGCCUGGUAUGUUUGUGGGCAGGGCCCGCCUGGCAGGAGCAGUGAAUUCCUUUCCAUUGCAAAGCCCAAACUUGUGGCAUUGUUCCUUUGCCAUCUCAAACAGGAAAUCGCUUGCUGCUUGCCUUGCUGGGCACGGACUCCUCGUGCUCGAUGGCCAGUACCCCCACAGGCCUCCUGAGCCUGGCCUUCCCUUCCCAGCUCCCGAAGCAUCAUGCCCUGCAGAGCAGAAUCUGCGGGGAAUGUUGUCUCUCUUUGGCGUUUGUGUUCUGUCCUCCAUGCCCACCCUCUUCUACCUCCAGCACUCAGAUGAGCUCCCAGCCCCCACCACACCCCAGCUCAGUACUUCACGUGUGUGUCCCAAGGCCCUGGCCAAGGUGCAGGGAGUGGAAACUACGUGAUGAAGAGCAGACGCUGAAGCGAUGGGGCCCUGCCUGCCCACCAGCUCUUUUCUAGCCAUUGCCCCUGCCCAGGCUCACGUGCCCCUCUGAGAUGUGGCUAGCACAAGGUGUAUAUAAGUUUUGUACCUCUGCUGAAGACUGUACAUAGUGUAUGAAAGUUAUUUAAGCCUCUUGCUGUACAUUUCUGUUCCUAGAUUGAAUGUGUGUGCUCUAAGAAAUCGUCAGAAAUAAAUCCUGAAUGACUGUUCUCUGUGGAGGGACAGCCCCGUAAGGCUGCUAUACCAUGGCUUGGUGGCCCUCCUUCAGGGUGGGAAAUUGGCAGUGGUGGCGGUGGGUGGGUCCAGCCUAAUGUGAACUCCCUGGGCUGUGAGUCUGGGGCUUCACAGUUGGGAAGCAGAGCUUUUGAGUGUCCAUUUCCCCUCCAGACUCUGCAUGUGGCCUCCUGGGGCCAGAGUAAGCGUGGGCGCAGAGGGUAGGCACAGGCGUUGACUAAGCACCUGUCUAUCCCAGGCACUGUUCGGGGCAGAUGACAUCUUCGUCUUAGGAAAUGAGAAACGUCUUAGAACGGGAGUGAAUUAAUUCUCCAGGUUCACAGCUAGAAGGGACAGAGGCCAGAUUUGAACCCACCCUGCCCAGCCGCAGCCUCGUUUUCUUCCACUAAUCUAUGGUGUCUUCUCUACAGCUGGGAAUUAAAUGUGUGCAGUGCGUGCCACACGUUUAGUUCCCUUACCACUUACAGAGCGAAAACAAAUAUAAAAAGCUCCUAUCAGAAAGUAUCUCGGUAAUGGUCGUGAUUUUCAUUUAGUCUUUCAAAAGCUAUAUCCCUCCCUCCACCACACACACACACACACACACACACACACACACACUCUCUCU